AAUACUGCCCUUGUCCUUACGUCUUUGCUUGGGGCUAGCUGUUUGAAUGGCAGUGUGACCGAGCAAACUCGCUCUGAAACAUGGGAUCAUCGUUCAGUUUGGAAGAGGCCGCUGUGUCCAAGAUUCGGUCAUUUGACUGCAGCAGAAAUGUGUCGUUCGAGGAGUAUUUGGAGCACAUUUCUGGCACGGAUUCACUGCACGCGCAGACCGUCUUUCCCAAGGAGGUGUUCAGCGCCAAGUUUCUGAUGCUGCGGAGCAUGUCGCUGGCAUUCCACGCGCUGCGGAGCAUCCCCGGCGAGGCGCCCUACUACUCGCCUCACCUGCAGCACUUUGACUGCUCGCACAACCGCCUACGCGCGCUGCCGGGCAACUUUGGCCACUUCCUGCACCUGCGGGUUCUGUUGCUCUCGUAUAACUCUCUCAGCUCAUUGCCGGCAUCCAUGGCGGAAAUGAGUGAGUUGCAGCGUGUUGACAUCUCACACAACGCCUUCACUGACUUCCCGCCAGUACUGCUGCAGAUCAGCAGCCUUGAGCAGCUCAACCUCAGCUUCAACAUGCUGUCUGCGCUGCCUGCCGAUCUUGCCAAGCUGGAGCGGCUGACGACUGUGCUCUGCCAUAUGAAUCGCUGCGCGGUUCCACCGCAAGAAGUAUGCAACAAAGGGUCUUCGGCCAUUCUCUCUUUCUUUACGUCACAACUGGACCAAACAACAGCUGCCAGCAGUGAAGGCACUACACCGUGUUCUACCAGUGAACAGCAAACACCGACAGGAGGAGCUGCAGGGGCUGGUGUUGUGGGCCCGGUGUUCAAGCGUGAGUCUUGCCCUGAGGCACCCAGUCUGCUUAACAAGCUGGUGAGGUCAAGCCGCACACCGACUCUAGGAGAGCGGCAGAAGACGCCUCUCCGUGUGCCUAGCGGUGCAACAACUCUGUCGAACGAGCAGCUCACCGACCGCAUUGCCGGCCUGGUGUACGGAGCGGCACUGGGCGACGCCGUUGGCCUGGCAACGGAGUUCAUGAUGCGCGAGGAGUGCCGCUUUCACUACGGUGUGGACGGCGAGCGUCUGUGUUUCAAGAACAUCGUGCACGACCGGCAUCGCUGCAAGUGGCAGAAAGGAGACUGGACGGAUGAUACCGACCAGAUGAUUCUCAUCCUGCAGUCACUGGUACAGUGGGCCGGCGUGGUGGACGAGGUGGACUUUGCCAAGCGCCUGAAACACUGGUGUGACAAGGGUUUCCCGGAGCUUGGCGACGCAAUGGGACAGGGUAUAGGAGCCACGGUUGGCAGGGUAACAAUGAAGCCCGAGUUCCUGGUCAAUCCACACGAGGCGGCACAUCAGCAAUGGGAGGGCACGGACAAUGCGGCUAACGGCGCCAUCAUGCGUACGUCCAUCCUGGGAGUACCGCACUUUCACGACCUGGACACGGUGCGCGAUAACGUGCUGAGAAUCUGCAAGACUACUCACUACGACCCGCGCUGUCAGGCAAGCUGUGUCUCCUUGUGUUCAGCCCUGGCACUGCUUCUACAGGGAAAACAUGACUGCUCCGAUGCCAGCCAAGUUGAGUUGCUGCUGAACGAAGCCACACAGCGCGGCCGUGACUUGUUGUCUGACGAGAAGCAUCUUGUGGACUUUGCACGCUACACCAGUGUGCACAGCUUUGAAGAGGUGCACUGUGACAAACCGGGAGAAAUAGGCUAUACGCUAAAACCGCUUGCUGCUGCCUGGGUGACAAUGAGACAGGACGGGGAUUUCAAAUCCCAGAUGACAUCUUUGGCCAUGGAGGGUGGCGACGCGGACAGCAAUGCCACCGUUGCCGGGGCACUGCUCGGCUGUCGACUGGGCUACUCUGGGUUGCCCGCCGACUGGUUGAACGGCUUACUGCCAAAGAAUGUGGACUGGCUAAACCUCAAGUUGAAUGCGCUGCUAGAUCUGAUGGCUGUUACGUAGCUUGCCGUCACGCCGACCAUGGAUUGCCGUACACAUACACGUGAAUCGGAAACUCGGUUAGUUUGUCCACAAUGGCUGGUGAUGUGUCUUGCGAGUCAGUUUGCUGCAACAGGGUAACCUGUAUCCGUGGAUAUCAGUUACCUGGGAGCAUGUCCCGGUUCUUGAGUGCUGUCCGUGCAAGCUGCUGCAUAUAUCCCAACUCUGGUGAAAGACACUGACACCGCGUCUGACGGGGCUCUGCUGCUAAUAGCAACAGUCCCAUGCAUUGCUCCCUGCGGAACUCUCAGGUUGGCAAUGGCAACGGUCAAUGAUGCAGCACAGUCCGUCAAUUUCCAGUGUGUAUUGAUAGGGAUAUUGCGCAAGCACAUGCUCAGCUGACGAUUUUCACUAGCACAUGGCUGGAUGGAAUCGAAUUGCAGUGCCUGAUUGAACUGUACAACAUGAAAUAGGUUAUCUUCUAGAUUAGGUUUUAGACAUCUUGCUUCUGGAAUGAGAGCUUUGAUUUCUAUGAGAAAGUGCCAGGUGGCGUGUCCCGGCAUAUUGAACAAAAAUAUUCAUUAUUUUUA